GAGGGAGAUGAGGGCUGGGUGGAAGGAUGCUGCAGGUGCAUGGAGGAAGCUGAGUUGCGCUGCUGUGGUCUGCGCAGCAACAGGGUGAUGAUGCAGACUACUCCCUUUCUGUCCUUUUACUCAUGUUCUGUAUCAUCCUCUACCCUACAAGCUAUGCUGCUGCCCUGCCCUGCCCUGUAUGGGGGCUUCUCGUGCGCAGCCAGUGGCUGCAGAGGCACUGCUGCCUGUCAGGAGUGUCCUGCCCUGCUUCUUGGCCCAACCACUUGGUCACAAGUGUUCCCAGAAUAGAGCGGCUGAGACCCGAGCUGUUUCCAGCCUGGGCCAAGCAGCGAUGUGACAGGUCCUCACUCCCGGGCAGGCAGCCCUGCGGCACGGAGCACAGGGCUGUGGCUGUGCCCCCAGGCUCAGAGCCUGGCAGUGGAGCUAGCAACAAGGCCAGCCCUGGCUUCCGCUGAGGGGCUGGGUGCUGCAACAUGGGUAGCCUCACAGGCGGAAGGGAUGAGCAUCAGGAGCCCAUCUGCACGCGGAAAGCAACGGGUCCUGUGCAGGCCUAUUGGCAGGCCCUGCUGGCUGGGGACCGGGGGACUGUGGCUGAGGUCCUCAGCAGCCCUCAGCACCAGCUGAGUCCCAGUGCGGUGUUUGACACCAGCAACCUGGAAGAGUGGAAGAACUACCGCUUCAAUUUCCGCCGGCUGAGACUGUGGUCUCUGAGCUAUGAGCAGGAGCUCACCACGCCACUGCACAUCACAGCCAGCCGGGGCUACACAGAUUGCCUGCGGCUCCUACUGCUCAGGGGCGCUGCCGUCAACUUUGCACCAGGGGGUAAGACUGCCCUGCAUGAGGCUUGCGCAGCAGCCAGUACUGACUGCGUGAGCCUGCUGCUCAGCUUUGGUGCUGACCCUGAAGCUGUCUCUGAGGAUGGCUACAAGCCCAUGCAUCUCUGCAAGAGCCCAGACUCCAUCGAGUGUGUCCAGCAGCUGCUGCAGCAUGGUGCCAGUGUGAACAGUCGGACGGAAGAGGAGUAUGAUACCGCACUGCACGUGGCAGCACGGCAUGGCCUAAUAGACCAUGUCCGUCUGCUGCUGCGCCAUGGGGCAGAGCUGGAGGCAAAGAAUGAGGAGGGGCAGACACCACUCAAUGCUGCCUGUGCUCAGCCCCACCAGCCCCAGGACAUGGAGCGCUACUACAGGGUCUGCCAGCUGCUGGUGGAAAGUGGUGCUAGCAUCAACGCUGCAGACAGGGACCGUCAGCACCCACUUCACUUGGCCUGCAAGAAUGCCAAUGCUCAAGUAGCAGAGUUACUGCUGGCCCGGGGCGCAAACGUCAACAUCAUGAACUACAGUGGGAACACGGCACUGCACAAUAUCCUGCAAGCAACUGCCUACAAGCUAGAUCACCAUCCGGAGCGUGUGGUGCAAGCCCUGCUCAACUAUGGUGCCAUCCGCAUCUGGCCUGGCUCCCUCCUCAAGGUGCUGCGGUACUGCCACGCCUGCCCGCGUGUCAUCGAGGUCCUGAUGAACAGCUAUGACCACGUGCGUGUCUCCGCAGACUGGGUGGAGGCGGUUCCAGUGGAGGUCGUGCAGAAAUACCCACGUUUCUACCAGUCGCUUUUCUCGCUGGAGCAAAGACCCCGCUCCUUGCAGCACCUGGCUCGCUGUGCACUCAGGACCUUCCUGGAGGGCCGUUUGCUUCCAGUCCUGUCCCAGCUGCACCUGCCAAGCACCUUGCACCGGUUCCUGAUGCUCAGCUUUGAGGAUGUUCUCUACUGAGGGCUGGGUCUUGAGCCCCACUGUCUUUCUGUGCAGACGUUCCACCCCUACCAGCACAGCCUGUGCCUUUCCAUAAACCCCUUCUCUCCUGCCAUACCAUGUCACCUCCCCCUGCCAAACCUGCUGCUGUCCCCGCCAGCCUUGUGCUCUGCCUCCUGCACCCGUUUUGAAGCAUUCUAUUCACCCAGCCUAAUGAAGACAAGCUCUGGACUCACUAAGAAAAGCAAGAGAUGAGGAUUAGGGCAUUUUGUGGGACCAGGAGCAAAUGUGCUGGAUUGAUCUCAGUUUUUUUCAGAUUUACAAAUUCUAACUGAACCAGGAGGCUCUGCUGGGAUCUUUUGUCAAGUAGUUUACAGUUUGUACACAAGGGAGUUUGGAAUAAACCCUAGUCUUUAUGCCUACCA